UUAAACCCUGACUUCGAAUCCUUCACCACCUUCACUUCAAAUCCAACUUACGUCUUCUACUUCCCUUGUCCUCCAUUUCCGUUUCUUCAACAAUACCUCAAAGCCAAGCCUCAGCCCCACAAAAACACUGCAUUUCCAACAAUCCUGCUCUAAUCAUUGAAAGGAAACUCAUAAAAAAUUAACAGACUAGUCAAACAAAUUCCUCCAUUUCCUCGCUCUUUCCUCUGCACGAAAUCCCAACUAAUAAUUUAUUAUCUUAACGAAGAAAUUCACCAAAUACGCGUCCCCACUGCAGGAAAUGCUGAAAAAACUGGGCAGGCGGGUCAAAACCUUAGUGACCAAGUCCUUCAAAAAGCCUCGUAGACAUCCACCUUAUAAAUCCCCCACGCCAAGUUCCUCUCCAUCGCCACCACCACCACCUGCUUCAUCACCUCCUACAGCUUCAACCAUGGCUACACAAUCCCAUCUCAGGCCUGCUACUUUUCCUUUUCUCUUCCCCAAGGUUCAAUCCUCUGUUCUCCCUGAUCCUUCUCUCUUCUUUUCUCCUUCCCUUCUUUCCUCCCCAUUGCCUACAAACACUUUCUUUCAGAACUUUACUCUUAAAAAUGGUGAUCAGCCUGAGUAUAUCCACCCUUAUCUCGUUAAAUCUUCUGAAUCUUCGAUUUCUGUAUCUUACCCAUCUCUUUUUCAUAAUCCAUCUUUCAUCUACCAGAUUUUUAUUCCUGAUAUCACCAUCUCUGCAUCCAAUAAAACCUACCCAGGUUCGAAUAAAAGUCAUAUCAUCUCUUCUUAUAGUGAUCUUAGUGUCACUUUGGAUAUACCCUAUUCAAAUUUGCGUUUCUUUCUUGUUAGAGGAAGCCCCUUUUUGACAUGUUCCGUAACUGGCAAUACUGCAAUUUCUAUAUCAACGAUCCACGCCAUUCUUUCGUUUUCUUCCAAUAAUUCACUGACCAAGCAUACCGUUACGCUUAAUAACGGUCAAACAUGGCUUAUAUAUUCCUCUUCGCAGAUAAAUUUGAGUCACAGCCUUUCUUCCAUCACUUCUGAUGGGUUUUCGGGCAUGAUCAGGAUUGCAAUAUUGCCGGAAUGUGACCCAAGAUAUGAAGCAAUUCUUGAUCGGUUCAGUUCUUGCUAUGCGGUAUCAGGUGAUGCAGUCUUCACUAAACCUUUUUGUUUAGAGUAUAAAUGGGAAAAGAAAGGGUGGGGGGAUUUGCUUAUGCUUGCACACCCUUUACAUGUCAAGCUUUUAUCGGGUGAAAACGUUAUUGUGUUAAAUGAUUUCAAGUAUAAAAGUAUCGAUGGUGAUCUUGUUGGUGUUGUUGGAGAUUCCUGGUUGUUGAAAUCUGAUCCCAUUUCAGUAACUUGGCAUUCGAUUAAGGGUGUCAAAGAGGAAUCAUUUGCUGAAAUUGUCUCUGCACUUUGUAAGGAUGUUCAGGAUUUAAAUGCAUCAGCUAUAGCAACCACCUCAUCUUAUUUUUAUGGAAAAUUGAUUGCAAGAGCAGCAAGGUUGGCUUUGAUCGCUGAGGAGGUAGGUUUUCUUGAUGUGAUUCCGGUGAUAAGGAAGUACUUGAAGGAAACAAUUGAGCCAUGGCUGGAUGGUACAUUUGGUGCCAAUGGUUUUGUCUAUGAUGAUAAGUGGGGUGGAAUUGUCACAAAACAAGGUUCAAGUGAUUCUGGUGCAGAUUUUGGAUUUGGAGUCUAUAAUGAUCACCAUUAUCACAUAGGCUACUUUCUUUAUGGCAUUGCUGUUCUUGCAAAAUUUGAUCCAUUGUGGGGGAGGAAGUAUAGGCCACAAGCUUAUACUCUUGUGGCUGAUUUUAUGAACUUGGGCAGGCGGUCAAAUUCAAAUUAUCCACGUUUGAGGUGCUUUGAUUUGUAUAAAUUGCACUCUUGGGCUGGAGGCCUAACUGAAUUUGCCGAUGGAAGGAACCAGGAGAGCACAAGUGAGGCAGUGAAUGCGUACUAUUCAGCAGCUUUGAUGGGAUUAGCCUAUGGAGAUACCCAUCUUGUGUCCAUUGGAUCAAUGCUUGCUGCAAUGGAGAUUCAUGCAGCACAAACAUGGUGGCAAGUUAGAGAGGGUGAUAACUUGUACGAGGAAGAUUUCACUAGAGAGAAUAGGGUGGUGGGUGUUUUGUGGGCUAACAAGAGGGAUAGUGGGCUUUGGUUUGCACCUGCUGAAUGGAGAGAGUGUAGGCUUGGAAUUCAGUUAUUGCCCAUAUUACCUAUCAGCGAGGUUUUGUUCUCUGAUGUGGGCUUUGUAAGGGAGCUUGUGAAUUGGACAUUGCCAGCUUUAGGAAGAGAAGGAGUGGGAGAAGGGUGGAAAGGCUUUGUCUAUGCAUUGCAAGCAAUUUAUGACAAAGAAAGUGCUUUGAAGAAUGUCAGAAACUUGAAUGGUCAUGAUGAUGGUAACUCACUUACUAAUCUCUUAUGGUGGAUUUACAGCAGAUGUUAUGAAGAGGAAGAAUGGUGUGAGGGAGGUGGGAAAUUCUGCUGGUUUGGUCACUAUUGUCACUGAAUUUGUUUCCUUAUAAUUGACACAGGAUUGAAAAAGAAUUGAAAGUCCUCAUCAGAGUAUUUAAAGAGGAAACUGUUGUUUUUUAGGACUAAAUUGGGCAUUUAUGUUAAUUCAUUUUCAGUGAAUUUGUUUAUGUUGUUUUUUUUAUAGUGAGUGUCUAUAUGAAUAUCAAAUAUGAAUUGGAGAUAUGCUUUCUCUAAUGCAUUACCCUUAUUAUUAUAUGCAAAUUUUAUACAAUAAAUACUGAGCUGCUUACGAGCA